AUGAGAGUAUUAGAAAAAAGACCUUGGGAAUUUGGUUUGACUCCGAAACGUAAUUUAUGCAAUAUUGUUGCCAGGCUUAUAAAUCAAAUAGAAAAUAAUGAGAGGAAGUUAGAGGCGGAUUUUUCCAUUGACCCCGCGUUUGAAUUGGCACAACUUGUUUAUGGAAAUAAAGAUAACCCUGGACCGUUGCUGACUCCGGAUCUAAGCUUUUGUGUUGUUUCCGGAGAAAAUUGUGCGACUUAUCCCAGACAGUUUGAUAUAUGCGGCAGUCCCAUCGCCGAGGACUCCAUAUACUUCGCCGUUAAGACUUGGACCGGUUUCCACGAAACCAGAGCGAAGGUGGUCAAAAAGACAUGGGGAAAACACGUCACGCAUUUGCAAUUCUUCAGCGAUAAGUCUGAUCCGAAACUUCCAGCGGUUGACACUGGUGUACCAAACACGAAAACGGGUCAUUGCUUGAAAACGGUUACUAUUUUAAAGGAAGCGUUGAAGAGGGUGGAAAAUCUACCAAAUAUCAAAUGGAUAUUCCUUGCAGACGAUGAUACUAUUUUAGGUGUCCAACGGCUUUGCGAAGUACUAAGCUGCUACCGAGGCGGUGACGAUGUUACGGUACUGGGUGAAAGAUAUGGCUACGGAUACGGCAAGAAAGAAAGGCUCGGCAAAGGCUACGACUUCAUAACUGGUGGCGGUGGGACGGCACUAAGUGUGGGCGCCGUGCGCGUGCUAGCGGACUGCGCGUGCGCGUCGCCGUCCGCGCCCGACGACAUGGCGCUCGGGGCCUGCGCGGUGCGGCGCGGGCUGGCGCUCGCGCACUCGCCGCUGUUCCACCAGGCUCGACCACAAGACUACCCUCGGGAAGUCCUAGCAAGGGAUCGCCCCGUCACCUUCCACAGGCAUUCAUCCCCAGAACCCCUGAGGGUAUACGCCACGUGGUUCCAGCACGACGAUCUAGCUCUUAAGAGAAGGAGAAAUAAGGAUGAACUGUAG